UUGAUGCAGAGAAGGAAGUAACGGCAGCAGGGGAGCCGAUCCGCCUCGAGCGAAUCCGAUCUUUUAGUCUUCCUCUUGGUGGUGGAUUCGAUUACUCCCCUUGGUGGCCAUCUCUUCUCUCGGUGGUGUUGGCUCGAGAGACCGUACGCCGUGCUGCCGGGGCAUCGAUUUGGAUGAACUGAAUCUCCGGGAUCGUGGAGCGCAUUGAUGGGCUUUGAGGCGGAAACCUUCCAAGUUUGCCCUCUUGAUCAGCUACCGGAUAAAGGUGAGCGGGGAGGAAUGAUGGCACGGAGAUUUUAUCUUGGUUCUCUUUCCUAUUAUGAUUUCGAGGAUGGGAGAUGAAGAGAUUGAAUAACACAAUAGAGGCAAGAAGUAGAGAGGCGAGUGAGAAGGAGGCUUGAUAGAUUCGUGGAGUAUAUAAAAAGGGAAAAGAAUGUGCACUAGUGGGCGAAAGCACUCGAAUCUGCAGUCUUUCCUCGCUCACAUAACGCCUUCGGUGCCUGCUUAUCCUCUUCCAAAGACAUGCAUGCGUGAUCUGAAUAACCUCUGGCAACCUGUGGGCAAGGAGAAGGCUGAGUAUUUCACUCUAGGAGACCUCUGGGAACAGUAUAGUGAGUGGAGUGCUUAUGGAGCUGCGGUUCCAAUCAUCCUCGACAACCAUGAAACUGUACUCCAGUACUAUGUUCCAUACCUAUCUGCUAUCCAAAUAUACACCAAUAAGUCUCUUCCUUGUUUGAGGAUGUUGCUGGAAGAGAGCGAGAGUGAAUCUUUUAGUGAUGACAGUGAGAGUGACAAGAUGUCGAAGUCGUGGGAUGCAUUGUCAGAAGAUUCCAUGAUUAGCCAGGACAGUUCAUUGCCAGGAAAGGAAAUCCUGGGUCAAAUUUACCUUCAAUAUGUAGAGUAUGGUUCCCCUUAUAAAAGGAUGCCCCUCGUGGACAAGGUAAAUGAACUGGCGCAACACUUUCCCGGUUUGAUGUCAUUCAAAAGUGUGGAAAUGUCACCUGCUAGCUGGAUGUCUGUUGCCUGGUACCCUAUUUAUCCCAUUCCAAUGCGAAAUGUUCAGGAUUUGUCGGCAUGCUUUCUGACUUAUCAUACUAUCUCUGCAUCUUUCCAAGAUAAUGUUGUACCAGGGGACAGUGCAAAAGACUACUGUCCCAUGGUAGCUAAAACAAAUAAGUGGGAGCAAAAGAAAGGGGGCAACUCUGUUACUCUUUCACCAUUUGGUCUAUCCACCUACAAAAUGCAGGGGCACAUUUGGCGAAACCCGGACACUUCAGAUACCGAGAUGAUGGACAACCUUUACAAUGCUGCACAAUCCUGGUUGAUGCAGCUUAGAGUUGAACACCAUGACUUUGAGUUCUUUGCCACUCACUGAUUGUAAAUAUUCCUCCUCAAAGUAAGUUUCUGCAUACCACAACAGCAUCGCCCUGCUGGAUAACUCUAGGCUUCAGAGUAGGUUGAAGGGUUGUGGUGAAUCCAACCUUUGCUUCUUGACCUAAAAGAGCAGAUGCCAUACUGAACCUGAGUGUAGGUUUUAGUCAUAAACCUUUAGUUCACCUUUAUGCUAAGGAGUUGAUGUUUGUUGUUUUGACAUUUUGGUUUGCCUUUGUGAUGAGGAGGCUUCCUCCUCAGCCUGGAAAUGAGAAGAAAGAAAUCUUCAUCUGUG